CAAACAGGCAUGGCGUCCUUCACUCAGAGGCGCAAGUGACACACAUUCAUUAAUUUGACCUUUCGUGUCUAUUUCAUGCUGUUUUUUAUAAAAAAUCUUCUCAAUGGCGACCAGGACCGUUUGUCAGCUUCUCCAGCGCCGCUUUGCAUCUGCAGCAGCAGCUGUGCGUCCAUCAACCGCUGAGAUCCGAAGCCAUCGCAAUGCUGUCUUCUCCAGAGAGCAGGCCAGGCAGAGAGCUCUGUACCCUCGCAUCGAGAAGAUCGAGGUGUCCAUGCAGGGCCCGGGACUGGACGGUACACUGCUCAUCAUGAACAGAGGAAUGUCCACUCCUCUGAGCUGUGCCAGACACCUGACGGAGCAUCACGUGACAAACUCAGCUCUGGCCCUGGUGGACGGGGAGCCGUGGUCUCUCCACCAGCCGCUCACCAACUCCUGCUCGCUCACUCUGCUCACGUUUAAAGACAGCGAUCCAACACUGGUCAACCAGGCUUUCUGGCGUUCCUGUGCUGCCUUGCUCGGCCAGGUGCUGGAGACGGCGUUCAAAGACGAUUUUACUGUGGAGCUGCUUAGCACACCAGAAGUGCCAGUACUCUCAGGAGCUUUCUGCUGCGACGCUGCGCUCGACCCUCAGCUGGACUCAUGGACUCCCACAGAGGAGUCGUUGCGGUCUCUGACCCGAGGGGCCCAGAAGCUGAUCCACCAGGACCUGGCGUGGGAGCCUCUGGAGGUGGUGCCCUCUGUGGCGCUGGAGGUCUUUUCACACAGCAGGUGUAAACAGGAAGAAGUAGAACAGAAGGCAGCACAGAAUCCCAAAGGCAAAGUGAUGCUUCACAGAUGUGGGGAUCAUGUGCUGCUGAGUGCGGGGCCCCUGGUGGCCAGGACCGGCCUCUGCUCCCAGUACGAGGUGACGGCCCUCCACAGCCUGGGCGAGGGACACUCAGGCCUCCACCGACGGGCACAGGGUCUCUCCCUGCCUCUGCAGCUGCAGGCUCACCACACAGUCUGGAGGAAACUGAGGCAGCGGGCAGAGAAACUGGUUGAGUUGCCGAGACCUGAAGAAGCGACUCCACCCUCUCUUCCAGAAUCAACUCCACCCGACCAGCCAGUAACAACCUAUGUGUAACCCUUCACAUACACAUACACACUUUCACAUGUAUCUAACUGUAUUAUUGGUUCAAUAAAUGUGUAAAAAUAUGUGACAGA